GUGACAGUUCACACUGAGAGUCAAGUGCAGGACAUUGAUUGCGUACAGCCUACGCCCUAGAGACUUUAAUAUUUCAGUUAUCAGAAAUCAUUGGGAGUUUUGACCAAUCCAAGUCAAAAUGCGAUUGCUUUGCCUGUUCCUGCUGGUGUCCGGCAGCGUGUUUGCUGAUGAGGAUGAGAAGAAGGAUAGUGUUGGGACAGUGAUCGGAAUAGAUCUUGGGACCACAUACUCUUGUGUUGGAGUCUUCAAGAAUGGCCGCGUUGAGAUCAUCGCCAAUGACCAAGGAAACCGCAUCACUCCGUCAUAUGUGGCCUUCACCGGUGAGGGCGAGCGGCUCAUCGGAGAUGCCGCCAAGAACCAGCUGACCUCCAACCCAGAAAACACCGUCUUUGAUGCCAAGAGGUUGAUCGGCCGGACGUGGGGUGACUCCUCUGUGCAACAGGACAUCAAGUACUUUCCGUUUAAGGUUAUUGAGAAGAAGAGCAAACCUCACAUCCAGUUAGAUGUUGGAUCCGGUCAGAUGAAGACAUUUUCCCCAGAGGAGAUCUCAGCCAUGGUUCUGACCAAGAUGAAGGAAACCGCAGAGGCCUACCUGGGAAAGAAGGUGACACAUGCUGUGGUCACUGUGCCUGCUUACUUCAAUGAUGCCCAGCGCCAGGCCACCAAAGAUGCCGGCACCAUCGCUGGUCUGAACGUCAUGAGAAUUAUCAAUGAGCCAACAGCUGCUGCCAUUGCUUAUGGUCUGGAAAAGAAGGAUGGCGAGAAGAACAUCCUGGUGUUUGAUCUUGGUGGUGGCACCUUCGAUGUAUCCCUGCUGACCAUCGACAAUGGUGUGUUUGAGGUGGUGGCCACCAACGGAGACACCCAUCUCGGUGGUGAAGACUUCGAUCAGCGCGUCAUGGAGCACUUCAUCAAACUGUACAAGAAGAAAACCGGAAAGGAUGUGCGCAAGGACAACCGUGCUGUACAGAAGCUGCGUCGUGAGGUGGAGAAAGCCAAGAGAGCGCUGUCCGCCCAGCACCAGGCCCGCAUCGAGAUCGAGUCCUUCUUCGAUGGUGAAGACUUCUCCGAGACGCUGACCCGUGCCAAGUUUGAGGAGCUAAACAUGGACUUGUUCCGUUCCACCAUGAAACCUGUACAGAAGGUUCUGGAAGAUGCUGACCUGAAGAAGUCUGAGAUCGAUGAGAUCGUCUUGGUCGGUGGGUCCACUCGUAUCCCCAAGAUCCAGCAGUUGGUGAAGGAGUUCUUCAAUGGCAAAGAGCCUUCCAGAGGAAUCAACCCUGAUGAGGCCGUGGCUUUUGGAGCUGCCGUUCAGGCUGGAGUUCUCUCAGGAGAAGAGGAUACUGGUGAUCUUGUGCUUCUGGAUGUGUGCCCGUUGACUCUGGGUAUUGAGACUGUUGGAGGCGUGAUGACCAAACUCAUUCCAAGGAACACCGUUGUGCCCACUAAGAAGUCUCAGAUCUUCUCCACCGCUUCGGACAACCAGCCAACUGUGACCAUCAAAGUUUAUGAAGGCGAGCGUCCCCUGACAAAGGACAACCACCUUCUGGGUACCUUCGACCUGACCGGUAUCCCUCCCGCACCCCGAGGAGUCCCUCAGAUCGAGGUGACUUUUGAGAUCGACGUAAACGGUAUCCUCCGUGUCACCGCUGAAGACAAGGGGACUGGAAACAAGAACAAGAUCACCAUCACCAACGACCAGAACCGCCUGACGCCCGACGACAUCGAGCGCAUGGUCAACGAGGCCGAACGCUUUGCCGACGAGGACAAGAAGCUGAAAGAGCGCAUCGACGCCCGUAACGAACUGGAGAGCUACGCUUACUCUCUGAAGAACCAGAUCGGUGACAAAGAAAAGCUGGGCGGCAAACUGUCUUCUGAAGAUAAGGAGGCCAUCGAGAAGGCGGUUGAGGAGAAGAUCGAAUGGUUGGAGUCCCACCAGGAGGCAGACUUCGAAGAGUUCCAGUCCAAGAAGAAGGAACUCGAAGAGGUCGUACAGCCCAUUGUAAGCAAGCUCUACGGCAGCGCGGGUGGACCGCCACCGGAGGAUGCUGAUGACCAGAGCGAGAAGGACGAAUUAUAGGUCUCUCGGAUUCCAUCUUGAACUCUCUUUUCAGUUGUCUUUAUGCCCUCGCCUCCCUAGAAGUGGCACAGGUGUACAAAUUGGACUUGAUGGACAUUUUGUAAGGAGCGUUAGAUUGAAGAGGCAAUCGUAAAGCCACGAUUCUCUUCUGGAAAGACUUGUGGAGUGUUAGGUUGUUUUUUUGUUUUUUUUCUUCACAUCGGUGGAGAUUUAGUCAGCCUGGUUUGAGGCUUUGCUGCUGUUCUCAGGCAGUUCAAAAUGAGUUCUGUGAGGGGAGGGGGGUUGUCUGGGUCAGGGAGUUGCCUGGAUAAAUGUCAUGUCACAUGCAAUGUUAUUUAUUUAAAUUCUGGAAAAUGUAGAAGACAUUUCUACUAUUACAAAAAUAAACAUUUGAUACAAAAUGGUUACCAAUUGUUUGUCUCUUACAUGUAAAUGUCUAAACCGAGAACUAAAAUGGAAUUAUUUUUCCCCUUUGAAUUUGAGGAAUUUGCUUGGGUCAAUUUUAAAUUUUUAUU